AUGGAUGGUGUAAUGUAUCUCGCAAAAAAUGGUUUAGCAUUUCGUGGUGAUAGUGAGAAGAUUUAUACAAAACACAAUGGUAAGUUUUUGAGUUUGAUGAAGUUGAUUGCAAAACAUAACCCAGUGUUAAAUAUGCAUCUCCAACGUAUUGUUAAAAAGGAUAUUCAUUAUCAUUAUCUUAGUCACAAGAUCCAAAAUGAGUCUAUAAUGAGGUUUGCCAAGGAAAUUAAGACAUCAAUUGUUCAGAAGGUUCAAAAAGCAAAAUACUUUUCUAUUAUACUUGAUUGUAUGCCGGAUAUAUCUCGUAAAGAACAAAUGUCUAUUGUGGUAAGAUGUGUAGAUGUUUCACAAACACCAACAAAAUUAGAAGAGUUUUUUCUUGGGUUUCUACAAGUAAAUGAUACAACUGGAGCAGGUCUUUUUUUAGAACUUCAAGAUGCACUAGAAAAACUUCAUUUGAAUAUUUAUAACAUAAGAGGACAAGGUUAUGGCAAUGGAGCAAAUAUGAAGGGAAAACGUAAGGGUGUUCAAAAAAAGUUGAUCAACAUGAACCCUAGGGCAUUUUACACACCAUGUGGUUGUCACAGUCUUAAUCUUAUUCUUUGUGAUAUGGCUAAAUCUUGUGAGAAAGCGAGCUCCUUUUUUGGGAUUGUGCAAACUACAUACAAAUUAUUUCCUGCUUCUACAAAACGGUGGCAGGUUUUCAAAAAAAAUAGAAGAGAAUGGUCUCACUCUCAAGCCAUUAUCGGAUACAAGGUGGGAAAGUCGUGUGGAAAGCAUCAAAGCUAUUAUAUUUCAAGCCCCGAAGAUACUGAAAGAUCUAAACACCUAAAAAAGAAUUCCGACGAUGAUAGUGAAAAAUGUGUUGUUGAUGGUCUAAUUAAACUACACUUUAAGAAUUUCGAGUUUUUUCUUCGCAUGGUUAUCUGGUAUGAUCUUUUGUCGGAUGUCAAUUCUGUUAGCAAGAGCAUGCAAAAACAAGAUAUGCACAUGGCUACUGCAAUUAAACACAUCAACAAGCUUAUUUCAUAUUUUCAAGGUUACAGAGAUACUGGGUUUGAGAGUGCAAUGAAGGAAGCAACAAAUAUUGCUACCAGCAUGGGAGUUACACCUAAGUUUCGUGAAAUACGUGUUAGAAAGAGAAAGAAGCAUUUCGACGAAGGUCCUAGCGAGGAUCCAGUACCAUCAUCAGGUGAGGAAUCUUUUAAAACAAAUUAUUUCUUUUAUAUAAUAGAUUAUGCUCUUCGUUCGUUUAAAGAAAUAUUUGCUCAAUUUCGAGAAUAUGAGAGACUAUAUCGUUUCUUGUUUGAUUUGGAAAAACUAAAAUCUAUGAACAAUGAAGAACUACUGGCAUCCUGCAAGACACUUGAAGAAUAUUUGAGUUAUGGUACAAUUUAUGAUAUCGACGGGAAAGAUUUGUACGCAGAAUUAAAGAUCAUAAGAGGGAUGAUUUCAACAGAUAUAAAGAAGCCAAUAGAAGUGUUACACUUUUUGCAAGAGAUGGAAGGUUGUUAUCCUAAUGCCUGGAUUGCUUAUAGAAUCUUGUUUACGGUACCAGUUACAGUUGCCUCUGCAGAAAGAAGUUUUUCCCAAUUGAAAUUAAUCAAAACAUAUCUUCAAUCUACAAUGCUACAAGAGAGGUUAAAUGGUUUGGCUAUGAUAGCCAUUGAAAGAGAAAUUGCUGAAUUACUUGAUUAUAAGCCAAUUAUUAGAGACUUUGCUUCGGAAAAUGCUCGAAGAGCAGUUUUUACCCCUACUCAGUAA